AUGGAUAUCAAAGACUUUCCCUUUCUGACCUCAGAAGAGUUCACCGAAGUGUGCCAUCAUUUCGAUAGCCAGUACUGCAGAGCAAGGCUGGGGUCCAUAAGGAAGAAAUGGAAGUUCAGGCUUUGCACCGCUCUGGACCUCACUUAUUCAACCAGAGGUGGAUACAUCACAUAUAUUCAGGUGAUCCGGCCGCUGGAAGAGACAGUAGACCCCAACGACAUAUCACUCGACUUGGGCAAUUUUUCCAUAUCAGAUCACGAUGAGCAAAAUGGGUUCCUUCAAGGAGACAAUGACAUGAUUGAUGAUGAAGAAUCUGACGCGAAUCUCGUACAUCCGAAAGCGGCGCCAGGGUUUGGCUAUGUAUCGUACGAGGUCCACCUGCACCCUACAUAUAGAGUGCCAUGUCUCUGGUUCAGCCUGCAUGAUCUCCCGCCAGAUGAGCCCGCCUUCAAUAUCGACACCGUCUUCCGUCGCUUAAUUCCUGAUGCCUACAAAGAUGGUCUCCGCCGAGGACAUCACCCAAUCACUGGGGUACCCUCUUUCUUUCUUCAUCCGUGCCUGUUGGGAGACGCUAUAUCCAGCUUUGAAUGCUCAAUGGAAAAUUAUCUCAUGAUCUGGUUCGGCCUGGUAGGGGGAUGCGUCGGCCUAUGGGUACCCAAGGAAAUGGCCACCCAAUGAUGGCUCGUUUGAACUGGAAGAAACGUCUUCAUUCAUUGGGACAGCCUCGUUGUGGUUGAGCGUCUUCAUUCAUCGUCGCUAUCUUCCUCCAUUGCCACAUCGCCCUCGCUAUCUUCAUCCUCCUCAUCACGGGUUCGCUUCUGGCCGCGGUUCUCGUCGGCCUCGUCAUUCUUCGAAGUUGGUGUGGCAGCCGGUACGGUAGGCUUUUCGAAAGCUGAUCCAGGUGGCGGUGCGUUAAAGAUACUCUGCUGGAGCUCUGUCUGUUCCACGACGGUGGCGCCGGCCGUUGUGGGG